AUGUUAACAAAGUCAAAAACCUUCUCAUGGGUUCCCCGUGGCCCUGUAGACCCCAUGUUCAAGCUUAAGGCCCUGGCUGAUGGCGACAAAUCUCCCUCCAAAGUCGACCUCGGAGCAGGUGUGUACCGAAUUGAAAAUGGCCAGUAUCAUGAAUUCGAAUCUAUCAAGAGGGCAAAGUCCCGAUUGCAAGCCUUGAACAUUGGCCACGAUCUGGCAUCGAUCCAAACUGUUGCUGGUACCGGAGCGAAUAGACUAGGAGCAGCUUUCCUCAAGAAAUACUUUCCAUCUGCCGAGAAAUCGAGCCAAGCCAACACGACAAAAGCAUUCGUUGGAACGCCUACAUGGGGAAACUAUGAACCUCUUUUCACCCACGCUGGCAUUGAAGUAGAAAAGUAUCGAUACUACGAUAGAACCUCUGGCCUGUUUGACUUUGACAGCACACUUACAGCCGCCGAAAGGGCCCCAGAGCAGAGCAUAUUCAUUCUCCAGGGAACAUGUCACAAUCCGACUGGGAUGGAUCCUAGCAGAGAGCAAUGGAAAUGCCUUGCUGAUAUAAUGAGACAGCGGCAUCAUUUUGCCUUUUUUGAUGUUGCCUAUCAAGGGUUCGGAUCACAGAAUGCAGACCACGGGGCGCAGGAUGUCUGGGCUGUGAGGUGUUUUGCCGAGCUCGGCAUCCCCAUGCUCGUCUGCCAGUCAUUCUCCAAGAACAUGGGCCUCUACUCGGAACGAACCGGGGCUCUUCACGUUGUGUGCUCGGAUGCUGCGAUUGCGUCCAAUGUUUUAGACUCUCUCCGGUCCAUCGCUCGCUGGGAAUACUCUUCGGCCCCAGCCUAUGGUGCUCUCCUUGCGAAUAUUAUACUCAACGACAAGGAGAUCUACUCCGCAUGGGGACUGGAACUUGCGGCUGCAAGCUCUCGCAUCUAUUCACUGAGGAGAAAGUUGUACCAUCUUCUCAGCGUCAAGUACAAGAGUCCUGGAGACUGGGAGAACAUCAUCUCUGAGCAAGGCCUGUUCUCCUACCUCAAACUGAACGAGGCGCAGGUGACGCAGCUGGUCAAGGAAUUCCGUAUUUACCUUCCAGAAAAUGGGAGAAUUAAUGUAUCAGGAUUGAACGAGGACAAUUUGGAGAAGGUAGCAAGUUCUAUUGAUGCAGUGAUAAGAAGAAUUAAUAUUCAAUGA